AAGCAUCUGUUACCUAAAAGGGGUAUUUUAGUGAGGGUUAUUAAUUUUAAAAUGGUAUUACAACUGUACUACGACUUGUAUUCGCAACCUUCGAGGUCUAUCUACAUUUUGCUAAAAUUGUCGAAUAUUCCUUUUAAAAAAUGUGUUAUAGAUUUAGCCACUAGAGAGCAUUUGACAAGGGAAUUCGCUGAAACAAAAUCUAAGAUUCAAAGAGUUCCUUUUAUCCACGAUGGAGACUUUAAAUUAAAUGAAAGUAUUGCUAUUGUGCGGUAUUUAUCUAGGGAGUACGCACUGGAUGAUAAAUGGUACCCAAAGGACAGUGCAAAGCAAGCUAAGGCAGAUGAAUUUUUGGAAUGGAAUCAUUUAAAUAUCAGGUUGGAGUGCGCGACUUAUUUUCUUGUAAAAUUUCAUAUACCGUUUUUCACUGGCAAAUUUUCUUCAAAAGAACGAAUUAAAAAAUUAUUAAGAAACCUCGAAAGGUGUUUGAAAGAUUUCGAACGAAUUUUUUUGUCCAACGGACCGUUUAUUCUGGGAGAUCAGAUAUCGUACGUGGACAUCCACGCGGCUACAGAAAUUGAACAAACGAGGACUGCUUGCUACGAUGCAAGAGACCAUUUUCCAAAAAUCAGGAUCUGGUUGGACAAUGUAAGAUCAGAAUGCAAUCCCGCCUAUGACGAAGCCCAUGUAAUUAUCAACGAACUAACAUCAAUUGAAGUAAAACCAAAACUUUGAUUAAUUUCACUUAUCGAAAUUGUUGGUAUUAUUUUUAUAUUGUACUUAGAAAAUUUACAGUCUUUAAAUUCUGUUUUUC